CAGCAAAAUAGCUUCUGCGAAAAACGAUGGAACAACAAAACAACCAGCCCCAAGGCGGAGCGGCUCCGCCACCGCAGGCGGUGGCGUACCCGCCGCAGCCGCCGUACCAGCAGCUCCUCCAGCAGCAGCAGCAGCAGCUCCAGAUGUUCUGGAACUACCAGCGGCAGGAAAUCGAGCAGGCGAACGAUUUCAAGAACCACCAGCUCCCGCUCGCCCGCAUUAAGAAGAUCAUGAAGGCCGACGAGGACGUGCGGAUGAUAUCGGCGGAGGCGCCGAUUCUCUUCGCGAAGGCGUGCGAGCUCUUCAUCCUCGAGCUCACGAUCCGAUCGUGGCUCCACGCCGAGGAGAACAAGCGCCGCACCCUCCAGAAGAACGACAUCGCCGCCGCCAUCACGCGGACCGACAUAUUCGAUUUCCUCGUCGACAUCGUCCCCAGGGACGAGCUGAAGGACGAGGCCGCCGCCCUAGGCGGGAUUGUCGGGGCGCCGGUGGUGGGCGCCGCCGGGGUUACGGGCGUGCCCUACUACUACCCGCCUAUGGGGCAUCCGAUGAUGGGUAGACCCGCCGUGCCUGGGGUGGAUCCGGGUGUUUAUGGGCAGCCCUCUCUUGCGUGGCAGUCCGUGUGGCAAACCUCCGCCGCGGAGGAUGGGUCGUACGGCAGCGGCGGCGGCGGCGGCAGUGGUCAGGGAAACCUCGACGGACAAGGUUGAAACAACGGGCAUGCUGGCUUGAGAUAGGGAGUGGCGCAAUCGAUAGUCCCCAGCUUUGCUACAUGGAAAAUUAUUCGUCGACUAUAAACGGGAUUCAUUGCACAUAUCCGUUAAUGUUUGUUCUCUUUAUGUAAUCCUUCUAGACUUUGUUUAAAACUCAAAUUUCGUAUUAGCUGCUACAAUUUUAUUUUACCUCCGUUGGCGCAUCGUUUUCCCUGUGUUACGAUCGACUCAAGUCAACUAUGGUAUUAGAACUGUCUUUCAUCUGA